GGUUCAUGAUCUCCAAUAUUUCAGACAGGAGCUCCAUUUAGUGACUCCUUCUUUUCUUGAUUGCAACUCUCUCCGUGUUUCCAUCCUUUUCAGGCUCCAUGUUGGUCCUGCAGGUGCCCAAGACCCCCCAGGCAGCAACUCUGAUGGUGUUACUGAUGGUACUGCACAACCCUGUGGUCCAGGGCAGGGCCACUCCAGAGAACUACGUGUUACAGUCGCGAGAUGACUGCUACGCGUUUAACGGGACGCAGCGCUAUGUGGAGACCUACGCCUACAACCGGGAGGAGUACGUGCGCUUCGACAGCGACGUGGGGGAGUACCGGGCGGUGACCGAGCUGGGGCGGCGGAGCGCCGAGUACUGGAACAGCCAGAAGGACAUCCUAGAGGACGCGCGGGCCACAGCGGACAGGAUGUGCAGAUACAACUAUGAGCUGGACGAGGACGUCACCCUGAAGCGCCAAGUCCAACCUAAAGUGAAUGUCUCCCCCUCCAAGAAGGGGCCCCUGCAGCACCACAACCUGCUUGUCUGCCACGUGACAGAUUUCUAUCCAGGCAGCAUCCAAGUCCGAUGGUUCCUCAAUGGACAGGAGGAAACAGCUGGGGUGGUGUCCACGGACCUGAUUCAUAAUGGAGACUGGACCUUCCAGAUCCUGGUGAUGCUGGAAAUGACCCCCCAGCAGGGUGAUGUCUACACUUGCCAAGUGGAGCACCCCAGCCUGGACAGUCCUGUCUCUGUGGAGUGGAAGGCACAGUCUGAUUCUGCCCGGAGCAAGACACUGACCGGAGCCGGGGCCUUUGUGCUGGGGCUCAUCACUUUCGGAGUGGGGCUCUUCCUGCACAGGAGGAGCAAGAAAGUUCAGCGAGGAUCUCUAUAAACAGGGUCCCUGAUUAAUCUGAGAAACGACAUGUGCCUUGGAAUGAGCAUUUUUCUAUUUCUUUAGUGCCAGAGGCUGGCUCUGGGAUAGACCCCCAGCUUCCCAAGAGGAAGUUCCUGCCUAAUAAUUGCUCUGAAGCCUGUUUCUACAGUUCUGCUUUUCUACUCAAUGCACGAUGUAUCUCAUGGGACUUCCAACCAAGUUCCCUCUCCUUAGCUCCAUAAACUUUUUCUUUAAAUCAUUGUUUGUUUUCUUUUAAGAAUAUAUACCAUGUCAUCCCUACCAUUGUUCUUGUCUACUGGUUUUGGUUAACAGUGGGGGUUAUUUAGAAGGUCAUAAUCAAGAAGGAAAACAAAUAUGGAGAUGUUUGAAUAUUGUGAAGGGAGGACCUGGGCAUGGACCUUUUCUGAAUUUACUGCAUCUCAGUGGGCUGCCCCACAAUCAUGUUUGGUACCUUCAUCCAUUUGGUCUGGGACCAUUAUUCAGUGGUGAGCAGGCUGUGAAUCUGGGUUACAUGACCCAUAUUUACAUUGCACUGACUAAACAUAUAAUUUAUUAAAAGCUUGGACCAAA